AUGUACAUUCCCACCAAGUCCACACAAAGUACGCCCAUUUCGUCCAUGGACACGGACGGAGGCUGCACCUCAGAAGACUAUCCGGUGCAGUAUCUGAUUGAUGGUGAGCUCGGUGGUUCGAAGGGGACCUCGGCAAACCAUAGUACUGUAGUAGCAGUACUAGUAUUGGACGGUCGCAUGUCGGAGAUGGUGUAUGACGGGCCAAUGGCAAAGAUGGUGUAUGACAGGCCAAUGGCGCGCAUUUAUAAGAGAGAGAUAGGUUUCUUGUUGGGAUACCGUCUUGAGUUCAACUACACAGUAGUGAAGAUGACCACCUUCCAAGAGGCUGCUGUCGGUGCUCAACUGGGGAAGUUUGGCAAGGGCUUUAGAGUAGAAACACGCUUGUACACGAGAUCAUCAUCAUCACAAUCAUCUUCCGACUGCGUCUCUGUGUCCGAGCUUUCUCCGUGCUUUUCCCUUGCGUCACUCGGCACCUCUCCAUCUGGUGAUGAGAGCGUGAUCGAACUCACUGUGUCUUAUUGCGUCCAUCUGUGUCUUACCUGCGUUUUAGGCCCCAACGGCAGAUUCCUGCCUACUAUCACCAUGGCUUCAACUACCUCCAGGACAUCUACCCCUCUAUCCACGCUUCCAUCGCUUUCAUCUUCACCCACAUCGGUGACCCUAACGCUAGCGUCAACCGUUCAAGAAGGAAACUCUGGAGCAUCCACACCUGUCUACCCACCACCACCACCCUCCACACCACUCAUCCCCAACAUCCUCCCACACGAAACUGCUGUCCAGCCCAGAGCGCAGCCUAAGCGUUACCUGAUGACGUCAGGGCAGGAGGACGAAUUCAAGAUCAACUACUUCGAAACGUGGCUGAAGAGCGGGUCUGCGGCCGAGCAGUGGUUCAAGGACCUCGAAGUGGCGAAGAAGGCUACAUGGGCGGGAUUGUGUGUGGCAUUCAAAGAACAAUGGCCAGAAUGGCCCACAGCGCAGAAGACUACGGCAGAGAAACAGGCUGAGUUGGAGGGGGAGAAGAUUACGGAAGCGGAGUUGGGAACAAAGGUGAAGGUGAACGGAACGGAGAUGUAUGCCCACGUCGCAUGGGCAAACAAAGUGGAGAAGCUGGCAAAGGCAGUGCCUGACAACAACAACCUCUUGGUCGUCAGCUGCCGACGACAAUUACCACCCACGCUGAAAGUGCUCCGGUCCGUGCCAUCAGACCAUUGGAUAUUGAGGAGGAGAAAGAACGACAAGACAAGCAGGCACGACUCGAGGGAGAACUACACACUCGGGCAGGCAUUCCGCAACUUCUCAGUGGGACCCAUACCACAACCACGCUUCCAACCAGCCCCUGCUGCCACCCAAGCGACAACCCAGCCAUAUAGGGGCCCCCAACGCACGGACGCCGAGAAGCUUGUCAUCAUAGGACAUAUACCACCACCGCAACCAGACACUCCAGCAGGCUGGGCAGCAUAUGAGGCUGAACUCGCAACAUGGAACUGCAUUAGCUACGGACGACCAGCAAACGAAAGCCGCCCCUGUCCGCUCACGCCAGGCACAAGCCCUGUGGCAAGUGGCAAGUGUUUCGGUUGUGGACACACUGGUCACCCAGGAGCAGCGUGCACAUCAAACAGGAGGAUACCAGAUGCAGAGAGGGCGUGGUGCCAAAAAGCCAACUCCAUCAGGACUGGCGCCUCCAGGGCCAACAAUUACAACGUCAACCUAGUCGACGAGGACGACGUGUUCCUGACAAGGGACGAAUACGAGGCGGCCAUCAUCUCAAGAUAUCUCGCGAGUCAGAACCAGGGAAACGGGGAAGGGCCAUCCGCAAGUUAG